GACGCGCCGUGAACGCAGCGCACUUUCCCUGCGCUGACCUCUGACAGCCGCUCAUGGAUCCGCUCCCUCCCUUCACAAACACGGAAGCAGCAUGGCGUCCAACAGCGGCAGCAGCAGCUCCUCCGACAGGCAACGGAUUGCACAGCAAAGAUUGAGGAUAAUUGCCGGGCAUUUACAGAGCUCGGAGGACGGCGACUCCUCCUCGACCGUCCUCCUAGCCGCGGAGUGUAAAGCCCAGGAGAGCCAGAAGACAGCCGGCUGCAGCGGCGAGGAGAAGACGGUGCCGAGGAAGAGGCAUGAGAUUAUGAAAUGGAACGGCUGGGGAUACAGCGAUUCAAGAUUCCUCUUCAACAAGAAGGGCCAAGCUGAAUUUACAGGCAAAAGGUAUAGACUUAGUGGUAUGAUCAUUCCCGGUCUGAAAGAUUGGUUUGAAGGCACGUUUGGAGCCAGUCUGCAGCAUAAAACUCCAGCAACACCCGUUCUGACAAGCAGUUCUGUACCUCCUCCCACUCUAAACGAGGCCUUCGUGGAGGAACUGAAAUCCACAGGUAUUCCCUUCUCUCUUGAAGCAGAGGACCGGGUGUUUCGCGCUCAUGGCCAUUGCCUACACGAGAUCUUCGCUCUGCGAGAAGGGAAAUUUGGUCGCGUUCCAGAUAUGGUGGUAUGGCCAAACUGCCACAAUGAUGUAGUGAAAAUUGUGGAGCUGGCCUGCAAACAUAAUGUUUGUUUGAUGCCAUAUGGAGGAGGGACUAGUGUUUCUAGUGCCCUAGAGUGCCCCCCAGAGGAAACUCGCUCCAUUGUGUCUCUGGAUACCUCACAGAUGAAUCGCAUUCUGUGGAUUGAUGAGAAAAAUUUAACUGCCCAUGUGGAAGCUGGCAUCGUCGGUCAGGAUUUGGAGAGAUUGCUUAAUGAGAGCGGCUACUGUACGGGGCAUGAGCCUGACUCCAUGGAGUUCAGCUCCCUGGGGGGCUGGGUAGCAACCAGAGCAUCAGGCAUGAAAAAGAACAUCUACGGCAACAUUGAGGACCUGGUCGUCCACAUAAAGAUGGUGACCCCUCAAGGGGUGAUAGAAAAGAGCUGUCAGGGCCCACGCAUGUCCACGGGGCCGGACAUUCACCACUUCAUCAUGGGCUCAGAAGGAACCCUGGGUGUGGUCACCGAAGUAACGAUGAAGAUCCGUCCCAUGCCAGAGUAUCAGAAAUACGGCUCCGUGGUAUUCCCUAAUUUUGAGCAGGGAGUUGCUUGUCUGCGAGAGGUUGCCAAACAGAGGUGUGCCCCGGCGUCUAUACGGCUCAUGGAUAAUGAACAAUUUAAAUUUGGACAUGCCCUGAAGCCUCAAGUAUCUUCAAUUUUCACAUCCUUUUUGGACGGGCUGAAGAAAUUUUACAUUACCAAGUUCAAAGGGUUCGACCCCAACCACUUGUGUGUGGCCACGCUACUGUUUGAGGGAGACCGUGAGAAGGUCCUGCAGCAUGAGAAGCAGGUUUACGACAUCGCUGCAAAAUUUGGGGGCCUGGCAGCUGGAGAGGACAAUGGGCAGAGGGGCUACAUGUUGACCUUCGUCAUCGCUUACCUCCGGGACUUGGGGAUGGACUACUAUGUGAUCGGGGAAUCCUUUGAAACCUCUGUGCCUUGGGACAGGGUGUUGGACAUUUGCCGGAAUGUAAAGGCACGCAUCGUUGCGGAGUGUAAAGACAAAGGAGUGCAGUUUUCACCGUUAUCCACAUGCAGAGUGACUCAGACGUAUGACGCCGGCGCCUGUGUCUACUUUUACUUUGCCUUCAACUACAGAGGACUCAGUGAUCCAGUACAUGUGUAUGAACAAGUGGAGCAUGCGGCUAGAGAAGAGAUCCUUGCCAAUGGAGGGAGCUUGUCACAUCAUCACGGAGUGGGGAAACUUCGGAAGGAGUGGAUGAGAGACACCGUCUCCAAUGUCGGCAUGGGGAUGCUCAAGUCUGUCAAGGACUACGUGGACCCCAAAAACAUCUUCGGCAACAGGAACCUCCUCUAAUCUCCGGGUUCCUGUCCAUCUCACCGUUUUUUCUAAAAGCAUCUUGUGCAUUUUGGAUUAAUAGAUACUAAAUGUCAAUUUAAAAUGGAGAGAGAUCUUUUUCAUCCAAAAAAGAAAAAAAGAAAAUCGUCAUCCGGUGCCAUUUAUUGAUUCACACCAAACCUUUUUUUUUGUUUUUGUUUUGUUUUCUUUUACAUUAUAUUGCACUUAACAUGCUGUAACAAUCAUUGUCACUCAUCAUGAAGCUAGUUUCUUGCUGUUGAGUCGUGGCCUCGGUUUGGAGCUCCUUCUGCCACGAUGCAACCAAACAUUGAUUUUUUUUUUUUGUUGUUGUCACAUUUGCUCAUGUUUAACCGUUUACCUAAAAACAAAAAUCCUUGCCAACAUGGUUAACUGAUGUGUAUGUUUUCACGUUUCUUUUCCUGUGUGUGUGUGUGUGUGUGUGUGGCACUUCUUUAGUGGUAAGUUCUAGAUGAAUGCGCUUUCUAAAGCUCUGUGCCUUUCUGAAGCUUCUGUCUGCCUUCCUCUUCUCCUACUACACACACUCUGAGUCAAAUCGAACUCAGCUAUGAUGUUUUCUGUCUCAUCUUUGUUCUUAGCCCUCAUGCCUUUUUUGUGUCGUACUGACCUAUUGCCAUAAGAGACUUUUUCUGGACUGUAUGUGUGUGUGCCUCUGCCGACUAAACCCCUCCCUCUGCCUCACCCAAAUUUUAACAACCUCCCCCCUUCCUCCCUUUAAAAGUGCAGUCUGAUUACAAAGAGAGAUAUUCCUUAUGUGUUUAGUUUUUUGUACUGAAAGCUGUUUACCUUGCAUGUUUUUUUUGUUUUUUUUUGUUACUGAGAAAGUGAAGUGGAAAAAAAAAAAGCCAUCGACGUCUUCUCUCUCUCUCUCUUUUUUUUAUUUUUUAUUCCUAUCAUGCCCGCUUCAAUGUGACCGCGUUUAAGGCCUCUGGAUCCCGGUGCUCACGUUGUACCAAAGACUCAACGCAUCAGAUCAUGCAUAACAUAACACAUAAACAUUAUGUUCGACCGCCUAACCGUCAUGCACAGCUAAAACUGUAUUUUUUUAAUCAGCAUUAUGCAAAGAUGACCCUUCUAUGAGCUGUAAUAUGUAGAUAUAUUUGUGACUGUUACAUGUGCUAAAACUUAUUGAAUCAGUGUCACCCAGAACUUCCUUCCUGAAACAGUUUUUGCCUUUUGUUAGCGUAUGUGUACUGUGUGAAGGUUUUCAGAGCGGAUACUGUAACGUGCAUUUUGAUACCAGACUUGUACCAUUUGUCACUGUUAACCAUCGAUUUUUUUUUUUUCUUUUGAAGCAAAGUAAAGAUUUAAGAGAGCUCUUUGCUGAAGAAUCCUGCCUUCUUCUUCUUUGUUUUCCCCCCUCCUCCUCCUCUCCUGAUCUCUGCUUCACAUUUUCCCCCGGACCACCAUGUCCUUUUUAAUUCAGAAUAUUUCCUCCAAAUAAAAAGGACUCAUUUAGGGACCCUGUCGUCUGACAUUUUACUCCCCCCCCACAUGUGUCAAAAUCAUGCGAGAGCUUUUGGAUGUUAAUGUACCUUUUUUUUGUUAUUUUCCACUUCUCUUAACAACGUAGUAACAUCCAAGUACAUUUUGUCAAUGCUGUUUGUGCAAUAAAUUUCACUAAAAUUGAA